UUCUCUCCUCCAAACAAGUUCUGUUGAAGAUUUCAAUGGCGGAAGAGAAGGAAUCCACGUCUGUUCCGUUGAGCCAAGAUGAUCCCGAAGAUCCUGCUAAAGCUCCUCUCACUAACUCUAAUUCUUCCUCGCGCGAGCUUCACGGCUCCUUCUGGAGUUCCGGGGAGCUUUUUCCGGCUUCAUCAAAGAUUCAAAGUUACAAUGUCUAAGCAAGUUGAAGAGGGAGUCCCGUUGGCAGGUUCUGCUUCAAGGAAGUUUUAGAAGGUCAAAAGGAAGAGGAUGAAUGACCGUUCAGAAGUGUGGGAUCACUUUGUGAAGACAGAGGACCUCUACUGGGCUUCGAGCAACUUGGAAGUACUGUAAGAUGGAAUACAAUUGCGACCCUAAGAAGAAUGGUACGAGUUAUUUGUGGGCUCACAUUUCGAAGUGGCGCUUGCUGUUAUUUCCUCCAGAGUUGGGUUUCUAAAAAGUUCAUGACUGGAUGCGUAGUGCUCUUCCCUGUUGCAGUCACCUUCUUCAUUACUUGGUGGUUUAUUCAGUUCGUAGAUGGUUUCUUCAGUCCUCUGUAUGAGAGCCUCGGGAUUGACAUAUUUGGACUAGGUUUCAUCACGUCGUUAUUGUUUGUUUUUCUUGUUGGUGUUUUUGUUUCCUCUUGGAUGGGUGCCACUGUUUUCUGGCUCGGAGAAUGGCUGAUAAAAAGGAUGCCUUUUGUUAGACAUAUAUAUUCAGCCUCUAAACAAAUUAGCUCUGCAAUUUCACCAGAUCAAAACACGACGGCUUUUAAAGAGGUAGCAAUAAUUCGUCAUCCUCGUGAAGGCGAAUACGCUUUUGGCUUUAUCACAUCAUCUGUCACUCUGCAGAGGGAUGAUGGUGAUGAAGAGUUAUGUAGUGUGUAUGUCCCAACCAACCAUCUUUAUAUUGGAGACAUCUUUCUGGUCAAUUCCAAGGAUGUCAUCAGACCAAAUCUCUCAAUUCGUGAAGGCAUAGAGAUAAUUGUUUCAGGGGGCAUGACGAUGCCACAAGUCAUAUCACCUGUAGAAAGAACAAUGCGACAAAGUGAUAGAAUCCCUCUGAAUCGAUUGACAACUUAAUAUCAAAGAAUAGGGAUGUUUGUCUUACAAGUCUUGCGAUGUCUGAUUACUAAUAUGUGAAGAAAAUAGAUUGCUUGCAGAUAGUACCAAAAGAGAUUUGCUGUGUAUGCACUUCAAUAUUCCUUAUUUGUUUCUAUUCGUUUGUGGUGUGUAUACCGUCGUGCCUGUUGUAUUGACCUUUGUACCUGUAGUGUAUAGGAAACUUGUAAAGGUAAGGGUUAGGGAUUUUGAUGGUAUUCAAGUGCUUCAAUCAAUUUCAUUAAAACGGUGUA